AAAAAAUAUAAAAUGGAUAAUGUGAUAUCUGAAAAUUAUGAAGAUGAAGGGGAGAUUUGCGAAAAAGUUACUCAAAUUACAAGACAGCAAAGUCAUGUUCAAGAUCAAAGUACAAAAUAUGAGAUUAUUCUAGAUUCAUACUUAGGGUAGUAGAUUCCUAUUAGAUGUAUAAAAAGUUGUAGUCCUUAAUAUUCUGAUUAAUUUGAUUGGGGAAACGACAAAUGUAAAGUAUCAUUUUUUGAAUGUAUGCGACUUGACAAGAGAGUAUUAUUUUUGAUAAUCAAAGAAAACAACUUCAGUAUAUCGUCAAACUUAAGAAUCGGUAUCAUAUAGUCUCAAAGGAGAAAUGAACGCAUUAAUCUAUUAUAAAUUGUUUGAUGAUGAAUGCAAAUACAUAGUAAAGGAAAUAUCUGAAAACUUAGUGGAAUUGAAUUGCAAUAUAUAUUUAGAGUAGAAAUAAUUUGAUGAAAUUGCAGAGUUAACUCAUACGAAUAGACUUUUUGUUUUCAAUUAAGAAUCAAUACCUUUAAUUGCUUUGAUUAUUGUAGUUGGGGGAGAUGGAACUGUACUUUAUGCGUUGAGAUAAUUUUAAGGAUCAGAGCCUCCCCCAAUUUUGGCGUUUUAGAAAGGAACUUUGGGUUUCAUGUGUGUUUUUGAUUUAAAGGAUAAAUACAACAUAUUAUCCCAAUAGAUUGGACAUUUUAGAACUGCAGGAUAAUUUAUUGUUGAAAGAAAACUCAGACUUAAGGGUUGUCUUAAAUAAGCAGGGCAAAAAUAGUUUGAAUAUCAUGUUUUAAAUGAGUUUGUAAUAUCUCGAGGAGCAAAUCCGCAUUGUUUAUAUAUUGAGAUCUAUAUUAAUAACGUGUUGUUAACUGUUGCAUCUGGAGAUGGAAUAAUUGUGUCCACACCUACUGGUUCAACAGCAUACUUUUUAUCUGCAGGAGGUCCAAUCAUCCAAAAUGAGGUAUCAUCAAUAUCUAUUGCCCCAAUUUGUCCUUUGUCUUUAUCAUUUAGACCUAUAGUUUUGCCUACAUGUCUUUAGAUAACAAUUAAAUUAGCAAACUAAUGCAGAGCUAAUGGAUUUAUUUGUGCUGAUGGCCAAGCAACAAUUGAAUUCAGCAAAGAUAUGAUAUUUGAAAUAUAAUAGUCAGAGAACUUUGUUAGCAGUAUUAGAUUAGUUUAUUUUAGUUAUUCAAGACAAAUCAGAUAUUGAUUACAGUGAAUGGAUAGUAAAUCUUAGAAAGAAAUUAGGAUGGAAUAAAGUAUUUACUGAGUAAAAGAAAUAAAAAUCAAAUUUAUGAAAAUAUUAAAUAG